AUGGCGCUCCAGGCUCGGGCUCUGUAUGAUUUCCAGAGUGAGAAUGUGGGGGAGAUCUCGGUUCGGGAGGAUGAGGUUUUGACCGUUUACAGUGAGCACGAUAUCGAGGGCUGGCUGGAGGGGGUCAACAGCCGGGGGGAGAGGGGCCUCUUCCCGGCCUCCUAUGUGCAGAUCCUGCGGGCUGCGGUCGGCGGGGCUGCGGCCGGAGAGCCCCCCACCUCCCGCUAUGCCAAUGUGCCGGCGGCGCCGCCGCCCCAGCCCCAGGUCCAGGCGGCCGGCCCCGGGGCCAGCAGCACCUUCUGCCCCCCGCCUCACCUACAGGCGGCGGCAGGAGGAGGAGGAGGAGGGGGGCCGGGACUGGUCCAGCUGGCCGGCCUCCAGCACCAAGCGUCCGGCAGCGGCGACGACGAUGACUGGGACGACGACUGGGACGAUAACUCGACGGUGGCGGACGAGCCGCUGUCGGGGAGCGGGGGAGGAGGCGGAGGCGGCGGCCUGGGCUUCUCCCCGGAGCUGGACGGGCCGGGCCGCUAUAAAGUCAGCACGGGGGCCGGCGGGGGUCGGGCCGGGGGCUCGGUGCCUCCUUCCUCCUCCAAGAGCACGGCCACGGUCAGCAGGAACCUCAACCGCUUCUCCACCUUCGUCAAGUCGGGCGGCGAGGCCUUCAUCCUGGGCGAGGCGGCGGGUUUCGUCAAGGACGGGGACCGGAUCUGUGUGGUGAGCGGGCCGCACGGCCCCGAGUGGCAGGAGGACCCUUACCCGUUUAACUGCUCCAUCGACGAGCCCACCAAGCAGACCAAGUUCAAGGGCAUCAAGAGCUACAUCUCCUACCGCCUGCUACCCAGUCACACCCAGAGCCCGGUCAACCGGCGCUACAAACACUUCGACUGGCUGUACGGCCGCCUGGUGGAGAAAUUCCCCGUCAUCUCGGUACCCCACAUCCCCGAGAAACAAGCCACCGGCCGCUUCGAGGAGGACUUCAUCUCCAAGCGCAAGAAGGGCCUGAUCCUGUGGAUGAACCACAUGACGAGCCACCCGGUGCUGGCCCGCUGCGAUGUCUUCCAGCACUUCCUCACCUGCAACGACGAGAAGGCGUGGAAACAGGGCAAGCGGAAAGCCGAGAAGGACGACAUGGUGGGGGGCAAUUUCUUCCUGACCCUCAGCACCCCGCCCACCCCGCUGGACCUGCAGGAGGUGGAGAGCCAGGUGGACGGCUUCAAGAGCUUCACCAAGAGGAUGGACGAGAGCGUGUUCCAGCUCAGCCACACCGCCAACGAGUUCGCCAGGAAGCAGGUGGUGGGCUUCAAGAAGGAGUACCAGAAAGUGGGCACUUCUUUCCGAUUGCUGAGCCAAGCCUUCGAGAUGGACCAGCAGUCCUUCUCGGUGGGACUCAACCGUGCCAUUGCCUUCACUGGAGACGCCUAUGAUGCUAUAGGAGAACUUUUCGCAGAACAGCCCAAACAAGAUAUAGACCCGAUCGUGGACUUAUUAGCACUUUACCAGGGGCACUUGACCAAUUUUCCCGAUAUUAUCCACGUCCAGAAAGGUGCCCUAACCAAAGUAAAGGAGAGUAAACGGCAUGUGGAAGAAGGGAAGAUGGAGCUGCAGCAGGCAGAUGGGGUCCGUGAACGUUGUGACACUAUUUCUUUUGCCACACUAGCAGAGAUUCACCAUUUUCACACUAUUCGUGUGUCAGACUUCAAGACGCAAAUGCAGCAUUUUCUUCAGCAGCAGAUCCAUUUUUACCAGAAGGUGACUCAGAAGUUGGAGGAAGCAUUGCAAAAAUAUGAUGGUGUUUAACUUCUGCCAGCCUGAUCCUUUUUGUGUGGCCUUUUCGCAUCUGAAUAAUGCAGGUGGUCAGCAAACUGUCAAAACAUUCUUGAAUCACCCUUGGCGUUUUAAAGAUCAUAUUGGGGUCCCAACUUGGUGAUCUGGUAUCAAUAUCUGUUAAACAAUCUUCUGUAAAAAAAAAAAUCAUGGCAAAUUACUCCAAAUUACAUGGAGAGGGAUUGGGAGGAAGGUCAUUUAUGUUAUGUACUAUAUGCUACACUACCAUACUAACUUUGUUCUGCAAAACAGUGUGUGUAUACUAUCUUACUUUGCUUUAUUUAACAAUGUUAUUAGGGCGAAUCCUAAAGCAGGAUGGAUGGGUUGACUGUGUUCCCUAAAUGGCCUAUUCUAACUGCUGAGGAAACCAAUAGACUUUAGUCUGUUCUGUAAUAAAUGAAAUGCAAAGACUAAAACUUGUUUACAGAUUCCAGCCAGAGCAGCUAUGUUACUCAUGUGCCUUUUGAGUCACUGUCUUCUGUAGUUUUAUUAAAAGCUUAUUAAAGGAGGGGCAUGUCAUGAGUUUCUCCUGCAGAAAUUGCACCAGGGAGUGAAGAAAAAUGAUCCUGACCUCUGACUUACCAGAAAAGGAAGUCUGUAAGUCCCUGUGCUGGUGGCAAUCACAGAAAAUACUAAUGAAAUUACAAUCUUCUCAGGAAAGCAGAAGAUGCUAUUUAUUUCUGAAUACAACCAUUAUGCAGGCAGCAACCUAUCUACAUUAUUCAAAGUAAGGACAGGGAGGACUUUAUUUAAAAAAAUCAUGAAAUCUUAAUGAAAGAAUAAGGUAACUUUUUUUCGCCAGCAGCUUGAUUUUAGGUAAAUGGACUGUUUGACAUCUGACUGAGUAAUUCUAAUUGGGGAAAAUUUCACUUUGAAUCAAGAUCAAUAACUGAAAAAUGUGGAGACCGCUUGCCUGAAUUGUUUCCCAUCUUUCAAGAAGAGAAUUAAUUUCUAAGAAAACAGAAUAAAUUAGUGAACAAAAUGAAAUCUUAAAUGUUGUCUGCUGAAAUUUGAAUGCUGUAUUUGAUAAAUCAUUGGAAUCGGCCCAUUCUGUCUUGCCUGCCUGUCUUUACCACCCCCAUCCCCAGGUUGUGCUACGAGGCCUUGUUCUUCAACGGUACUUGGCUAUUGCAUUCUGUCAUUAACUGAAAUGUGCAUGAGAGCUAAAGUAUUGCUUAGUGGGAGUUGUACAAUCCAUUGUGUGAGAACACUUCGAAUACAACAGCUGAUAAAAGGAGCUUUUGUUAGCAGUCCUGUGCAGACUGACCAAAGAAGUGGUGGCUUUUUUGAGAGGUGGAAAUAUUUCAUUUUAACAUAGCACAUUUAAGUUGCACAACCCAUAAAGACAUUUAACUAUGCAACUAAAAUUAUGUAAACUUAAUUUGGCAAUUGGCUGCACUGAAAUUAGUCUGGCAUUGCUGAUUGGUGUCCAGUUAUGAAAGUGCCGUUGAUUAAAGGCAAAACUAAUUGAAGAAUUUUUUUGCCAGUGGUUUAAAAUGUCACCCUGUGUAAUGAUAUUGUCAGCAAAAGUAACUGGUACUUUACUGUAUAACCUAAAUAGCCAUAAAAAGUGUCUUUAUGGAAGAAAUUUGUGGGAAACUACAAGGCUAUGAAGAUGUUUACAGCUUUUUCUAUUACCUGAAGUUAUGGUUCCUCACUGCAACAGUUUGAUAACUAGGAGAUAUAUAUAUAUAUAUAUAUAUAUAUAUAUAUAUAUAUAUAUAUAUAUAUAUAUAUAUAACAUAACUGAAUGCACAUCCACA